AUGAAGUUUGGAAAGGAGUUCAAGCAACAAAAGGUGCCAGAAUGGAUUGAAGCCUACAUGGACUAUAAUGGACUCAAGAGAAUAUUACAUAAAAUUAAACAAAGUAAACUACUAGAAGAACCUCCAACACCUUCAAGAAUUUCACAGCAGAGGUUGUCACUAUACAGACCUUUUAGUGAUCUAAAUCUAAGAUCAAGCUCUGAUGAUGAAAGCACAGAUGAUGUUGAAAACCAAGUUAUAGCUGUUGAAACUGUGAGGCAAGAUGAUACUAGAGAAGUAUACAACACCAAUUUUCUCAUGUCACCAAGACAAAGUGAGGUUACAUUCUUUGAGAAGCUUGAUGAGGAGCUUAACAAGGUUAAUACAUUUUAUAGGGACAAAGUGGAGGAAGUGAUUGAAGAAGCAACUUCAAUAAAUAAACAAAUGAAUGCUUUGAUUGCAUUACGCAUCAAAGUGGAACAACCAGAUAUAAAUAAAUGUCAUAUACAGAGAAUAAUUGCUACAGAUAGUGGCUCCAUAGAAUCCUCAAAUAUAAAUUCUCCAAGCAGAGUUUCACUAGGUCCCUUGGAUGUUCUUGAUCGUGUAAAGAUCAACAAUACCCUUGAAAGCCCAAUGUCAACCAUAAGAAGUGUUCUUAAUGACUCAAAAGACAAAGAUUUAAGGUUUAAGAAAGAGGAGCUCAAAGAAGCAGAAAGCAGAAUGAAAGUUGUGUUCAUUGAAUUCUAUCGCAAGCUCCAUCUUCUCAAGCAUUACAGCUAUGUAAAUAUCCUAGCAUUCUCAAAGAUCAUGAAGAAAUAUGAAAAGAUUGCAUUAAGAAGAGCAGCAAUGUCAUACAUGAAAAUUGUGGAUGACUCUUACAUCGGGAGCUGUGAUGAGGUUACUCUUCUUUUGGAUCGUGUAGAGGGUUCCUUCAUAAAGUACUUUGCAAACUCCAAUCGUAGAGAAGGUAUGAAACUAUUAAGACCAAAAAGAAAGAAAGAAAAGCACAGGGUAACAUUUUUUUCAGGAUUCUUUUCUGGUUGCUCAAUUGCACUUUUGAUCGCUGCCAUAUUACUUAUACAAACAAGGAAAGUUAUGUCUAAACAGGAGCACACCAUGUACAUGGAAAAUGUUUUCCCUCUUUACAGUUUAUAUGCGUAUAUAAUCCUACACAUGCUUUUAUACGCUGGAAAUAUAUAUUUCUGGAAGCGUUGUAGAAUCAACUACCCGUUUAUAUUCGGAUUCAAGCAAGGAACCGAAUUAAGCUACCAAGAUGUGUUUCUAGUCAGCUCUGGUGUUACAGUUGUCACACUCUCCACCUUUCUUCUUCACGUUCACAUGAAACUCGAUUCUGUUCACUCCAUAUACGAAAAAUACAUCGAAUUAGUUCCAUUAAUCUUACUCAUUCUACUUCUUCUCAUAUUCUUUUGCCCUUUCAAUAUCUUAUACAAAUCCAGUCGUUUCUUUCUUAUCAAAUCUCUCUUCCAUUGCAUUUGCGCUCCUCUCUACAAGGUUUCGCUUGCGGAUUUUUUUUUAGCAGAUCAGUUGACUAGUCAGAUUCAAGCGAUGAGGUGCUUAGAAUUUUACAUAUGCUACUACGGUAUGAGAUGGUAUCAAAAGGAGCAAAAAUGUCAUACGAUGGAUCUCUACAAUGUGUUCUAUAUUAUUGUAGCGAUUAUACCAUAUUGGAUUCGAUUCCUCCAGUGUGUUCGGAGAUUGGUUGAGGAAAAAGAUUGGGUGCAUUUGAUAAAUGGUUCGAGAUAUUUGUUGACGAUUAUUGCAGUGGUAUUUAGAACUGUGUUUGAAUUGAAGAUGAAGAAGACAUGGAAGGUUUUGGCUCUUAUGACUUCAAUCGCUUCGAUUAUGUUCAACACGUAUUGGGAUAUAGUUGUGGAUUGGGGACUUUUACAAAGGAAGUCAAACAACUUGUUCCUUAGAGAUAAGCUUUCAGUAAGGCAUACAAGUGUCUACUUUGUAGUGAUGGUGUUGGAUGUUAUGUUGAGACUUACGUGGCUUCAGUUGAUAUUGAAAUUUAACCUGCAUUACCUCAAAGGAACUGCUAUAUCAAGUCUUUUUUCCUGUUUAGAAAUAUUCAGGCGAGGGGUGUGGAUGUUUUUCAGAUUGGAGAAUGAGCAUUUGAACAAUGUGGGAAAGUAUAGAGCGUUUAAAUCUGUGCCACUUCCUUUUAGUUACCACGAAGAAGAAGAAGAAGAAGAUGAGGAAGAUGAGAAGGAUGACUGAAAUUUCGUCUUUCAACAAAAUUAAUAAUCUUUUUUACCUGUGAAAUUUUGUAGAG